AUGACUGACAUGUCCGGUCAAGGCUGCGGUCACGCUGUGGUAGACGAACUGGAACGAUCUAGCACGUCUGCAGCGACCACACCUCAUCCCUUCGACCUCGAAUAUCCCGAGUUACCGCUGCAUCUGUCCCUUGACUCGCUGCUGGCCCAUUCCUCCUCCUCCAGUCUAUCCCCCACCAGAACGGCGAUGCUGCCGCCUGAGGCAGAUCAGCCGUCCCUCGAUGGCAGUUGGGCCUCUCUUGUUGGGGAGGAGUCCUCGAAUGAAGACGACCUACAGUCCGAGCAUACCGAUGUCGGGUCUCUGCUCGACGUACACAGUUUAGACGAUGUCCACAGCGUGACAGACGAAGUCACCACGGAUGACGCUGUAUCUACAGAUGAAGAAGAUCUCGGAGACACUCUCACAGAAGAGCUGGACAGGGGUCAUAUACUGGGUCCUUACAUCCGCCAUGAGCUGCCCGUCCACGCUCGGGCUUCCGACAGCCUGCAGUUUCUACAAUGCAAGGAGGAUACUGUCCAGGAAAUCAAACCUCAUACCGUAACCACCUUUACCGCCAGCAAAGAACUCAAUGAAGCCGAAAUCCAGACGCUCCCUUCAUGCCGAACAGAGGGGACCGAGACGACUAAGUAUUCUCGAGUUAUCGAGAUGCCUGUGUUGGAGGAUGGUUUGGAUUUGAACAAGCACAACCACUUCAAGGUCCUUUUACUCGGGCGCCAAAUCGAGCAGUUUAGGCCAGAGAUUCAGAGAAAAGUAGGAGACGCGCUUGUGACACGGGUCGAAACCCCUAGCUACACCAAUCCAACCUCGGUCACGAGAUUCCUCCUGGUACCAAAUACAUUCGGGCCCGGGGCAGAACCUGAUUUUGCCGACCUUGUCGCCAUUGACAAGCAGAUUGAUUUUGAUUGCUACGAUCUUGUCACAGCCUGCAGAAAGCCCGGGCAACAGACAGAGUUGAUUCUGACAAACAGCCAGACAGGAACGAAGCUCAUCUCGAAGAGAAGUGGCUCCAGGUUCGUGGUUGACAAUCUGCAUUGGGCACUUCCAGACCUUGCUAUCAUCUGUGUUCAUCUUAGCGACGAUGGUACUAUGGAUCUCGACAGCUACAGGAUGAUUUCGUUUGCUGAACGACACCGCAUACCUCAUAUCCUCAUCCGCAUGGACCGAGGCUGGCACGGUCAGUAUAACGGCGCCGUGACUGUUGAGUCCCUUCACGAACGCAUUCAGCCGCAGCACAAGCAGCUACAGCAUAAGGGCUCUCCGCUGCUACCUGUCGAUAUGACUGCAUUCCUGAACCUAGACUCUACCCAGCUCAAUCGUCACAUAGCCUAUGUUGUCAUGUCUGCAGAGAGAGCGCCUCAUCGCGAGGUGGAAAGCCAGAAUUUUUUGCAAGAAAACGCUGUGGAGAAGCCGGCGACCCUCGUUAACAGCUCACCACAACUCAACCUGUCGACUUUGAAGAAUGCCUUGAUGCUUCUUUGGGUCGUCGGUGUGUACAUGUUUCUAGGAUAUCAACUGUGGCCUGUACUGUCCGGCCUCAAUUCUGGAGGGAUCAGCGGAGAAGUUGUAUCAAACAUCAGCUCACAACUGCCGGUACCGACCACGACUAUCCAUUCACCCUGUCAAGGUUCGUCCAGUACUUCCUGCAUUCCUGAGCAACAAACCAAAGCACUUCAACACAUUCCUGGUGUGAGAUCGACCAAAGGCAGUCUGGUACUCGCCGAUGACCCAAGACGUUUCCGAGUGAGCAUUGCAGGCGACAAGCAUUUACUGGUCAAACUCCCUCAAGUCGCACUGAAUCACAAACGCCGAUCCGAGUUGGCUGUCGAACUCAGACGGGAUACGCAAAAGCUUCCUGCUGCAGUACAAGAGCUCUUUGAAGGAGUGGUCAGCGUGCAGCUACUGCCUCACGACGCUUAUGGUGACUUCCAAGUCAACUUAACCAUGAGCAGACCUGAGCUGAGCGAGAUCAUCAAUAUUUCUUUCGGUGACCGGUACGACUUCGAGGGGCAGCAUCUGAAAGAUCUGAUGAGCAUGUUGCAAGAUCAUGUGCAAGCAAAGAUCUCGAAUAUCUCCUCAUCUCUGCGAAAUAUCGGACCCGGUCUGGUCUCUGAUCGCUUUCAGACGCUGCUCCGCCUAGCUAGGGAUCGGCUGGACGAACGCAGACGCCGAGACAGCGCUCAUUACAGGAAGCUGGUCGAAUUGAACAUGACCAGUGUUCAACACAAGUUUCAUCGACAGAUGCAAGCUUUGCAUGACCAGACGGUUCAACGAAGCAGAGAAUGCUUCGUGCAUGGACAAAUGCUCCUCGAUGCCCUAUGGACCAAGUGUUCUGAUGCCUGCUCACGCGUCGUGGAUACUGUAGGAUCAGUAGACCAGCAGCGAAUCCGACCGCGACUGGGCCAGGCGAUCGUUGCUGACAAGCUUGAGACCGCACGAGGACGAGCGCAUCGCCUAGUGUCAGGCGCAGCACGGAAUCUGCGGGCACGAAAUGCAGGCGGUUGA